CUUGGCUACGCGCGAUUAAUGUACAAGUAUAUAAUAAAUCGGUAUUUUAUUUUUUUUUUUUUUCUCAUUUUGCUCUUUCAUUUCCAAAAUUUUUUUCGAAAAAGAAAAAAAAAAAAAUGAACCCAAGUUACGAUCAAAUGAAUAGUCCAACUUCCGCUGCUUUCGAUAUUUUUUUCAGUGGUAUUAUACCAAUUGGUUACUCAACAUUCUUUGAACCACUUUUAAGUGCACCAUUAAAAUCCAAGAAAAUUAUAAUUUAUUUAGUUAUAAUACCUUCAAAUGUAAUUUAUGUUAAAAUCGCAUUUAACAUCAAUUUGAUAUUGGUUAUGAGAUUUUUUACUAUAUUUGAAGAUAAACCUAGUAACAAAAAAAGAGGUUUGGCUUGUGUCAUUCUUUUCGCUUUUGAUGAUAUUCAUAAAAUAGAAAGAGAAUUAAAAAAUGAAGAAUGGGAUCAAGAUUGGUACACUUCAUUUUUAUCCCAUCCUAUGAUUAAUCGAAUUAAUCGAAUGAUUGAUAAGAUAAAAGAAAUUAUAAAGAAGAAAAAAAUUGAUGAUGAUAAUUAUUAUUAUAAUGAAGAAGAAGAUAAAUCAAAUUGUAAUAAAGCGAAUAUCUUAUAUUAUUAUAAAUAUGGAGAAUCUCUUGAAAAAAGAAGGAUUAAGAAACCUUGUCAAAAAUUUAUUCAAGAUAAUGAAAGUAUGAUAUCAUCAUCUGAUAAUAUUAUUGUAAUUCAAGAUAAUGAAAAUAUGUCAUCAUCAACUGAGAAUACUAUUAUCAAAUAUAAUGAAAGUACUUCAUCAUCUGAAAAUAUUAUUACUAUUCAAGUUCAUGAAUUCUUACUUGAAACAUAUAAAUCUGGUAUUAAAUUACAUGAUGAAAUAAAAAAAGCGAAUAAGGUUUAUAAACUUUUUAAUGGAAUUGGUGUAGAAAAGAUUUAUCAAGUAGAAAGAUUUUCCGUUGAUGAUAUUGAAAGAUUAGAAUAUAAAGAAAUUGAUGAAAUCAUUAAAAAUGUCAGAUUCUGUAAUUUUUAAAUAAAAAAUAUUUACGAUUUUUAAAAGUGUAUUUCUCUUAAAAUUUUUUGAUAAAAUUUUGUUCACUACUUUAAUU